AUGCUGACCCCGACAACAGUCAGCGUGUACCUCAGCUGUCUGUCUAAAGUCCCAGAAUCACUCGUCAGCUUACAGCCACAGGAACAAAAUGUCAGCAGGAAGGGCAAGCAGACCACAAGUGGAGCUCACAAACACUUCAUUCUUGAGAAGGUACGUUUCUCGAUUUGGUUUUAUGAAAACUCAAACCAACCUGAGUGUCUUUUCUCUUCAGUGCUGACCUUGUUGCUGUGCUGCAUAUCCUGUAAAGCCUCUCUGACUGUGAGUCCCAGCAGCUCUCAGCUGUUUGAAGAAGAGUUUGUCUCUCUGAGCUGUGAGGAGGACGACAGCUCUGCUGGAUGGACGCUGAGGAGGAACACAACCAGAGAAACCAGGGGUCAGUGUGGAGCUGGCUGGGGAACAUCAGCUGGUUCUUCCUGUAACAUCGGCUACAUCGCCUCAUGGGACAGUGGAGUUUACUGGUGUGAGUCCAGAGAGGGAGCAACCAGUAACACCAUCAGCAUCACUGUCACUGGUGGACCAGUGAUCCUGCAGAGUCCUGUCCUCCCUGUGAUGGAGGGACAUGAUGUCACUCUGCACUGUAAAACAGAGACCCCUCCCUCCAACCUCCCAGCUGGUUUCUAUAAAGAUGGCUCCCUCAUCAGGACUGAGCCUACAGGUCACAUGACCAUCCACCAUGUUUCCAAGUCUGAUGAAGGCCUCUACAAGUGUAACAUCAGCGGUCGUGGAGAGUCUCCAUCCAGCUGGAUCUCUGUCACAGAGAAACCUACCAAAAGUCCUCCUUCAACUCCUGGUCCCUCCUCUCCCUCACCCACUUCUUCUCCUGGUUCCUCCUAUCCUUCCUUCGUGUUGUUGUCUUCUGUUCUAUCUUGCUGUGUUCUGAUUCUCCUGGUUCUACUGGUGAGACAAAGCAUCCAUAGGGAACCUAAAGCCGAUGAAAUAGAAGUUGGGGAUGAGGACAUCACAAAUAGCGUCAUAUUCAGUGAUGUCAACAUAUCAGAUCACCUACAGCAGCCAAUCAGACUCAGCAGAGAGUGUGAUCCAGCUGCAAUCUACGCAGCAGUGAGGAGAAAAGAAGACCUCAGUUAUGGACAAACAGACAUCAGACCACACAGCACAACAGAGUGUGAUUCAGGCGUAGUCUACGCAGCAGUGAGGAGAAAAGAAGAUCUCAGUAAUGGACAAACAGACAUGAGACCACUCAGUGCAACAGAGUUUCCGGCAGAGCCAGAGGUCGUCUACUCUUCACUGAGGGCAAAUCAAUGAGAUGACCUCCUGUUGCAGUUUGGUGCACGGCGCUGACAUGUUAACUGUUCUGCUGAACUUUCUUUUGUAUAUUUGUAUUUAACAGAAUCUAAUAACUUUGCUGUUGUGUUGUAUUCAUGUUUCUUGUUUCUCGUUACUGCACCAGUCAACUUGUUUUCUCUGCAGGAUCAAUAAACUUUGGCCUUGUU